AUGCCUAAUUUCAUGCCUGAUUUUCGGGUAGCAAUAAGCUUCAAGAAACCGUUGUCGUCCCGCACCGCCGCCGAUGGCACGACACUAGACAAUGAUGCCCCGGAGGCAUCCGAGACGUCUCCCUUACUCUCGUCGGAAACUGAACACAGGCCUGCGACUGCAACUGAAUCUUCGCCGUUGCUUUCCGAUGCUGACCAUCAAGAGAGCGAAGAGGAUGAAAGCGAUAGCCUAAACAGGUCUGCGUCAAAGUCAGAAAGCCGUUGGCGAUGGCCCUCCAUUAUUGCCAUACUAAUCCUGGCCGCCCUUACCGUGGUGGUCAUGGUCCUUGGCUUCCUUGUCCCUCCAGCCGUCAAGUCGUACGCUGAGAAUGCUGCCGUCCUCGAGCCAACGGGCUUGUCUCUUGAAUCUCUCACUCCAGAUGGAGUUCGCGCCCGAAUCCAAGCCAGUUUCAAGUUAGAUGGCUCACGAGUUAAAGACGAUACCGCAAGGCGCCUCGGCAGGCUGGCUACCAGCAUUGUCAGGACGCUCGAUACAGAAGAGACAAAGGUUCGCGUGCAUCUACCAACCUACGACAACCUCCUCUUGGGAUCUGCCGUUGUGCCUCCAUUGAGCAUCAAUCUGGUUGAUGGGCAGACUACCGUGCUGGAUUUUGUUGCUGAUCUCAGCCCUGGAGACGCCGAAAGCUUGCGCCGGAUUGCCAAUGAUUGGUUGGAUGGCAAACUCGAGCAAGUCAAGGUGACGGGAUCAGCAGCACUGAGCCUCAAAACUGGCAUUCUGCCUCUUGGAACUCACGAUAUAGUCGAGUCGAUGGUCUUUGAAGCUAAGCAAAUUCCUUCUAUUCCCGAGUACAAGAUUGACCGCCUCAACAUCCAUGAUGUUCCUACCGGUGAUGGUGGACGGAUGGCCGUUGGUGCGAAUGCUUCCAUCGUCGCAUACAACGACUACCCAAUCGGCCUCACUAUUCCGCAACUUGCAUUUGAUCUCCUCGUCCCCAACUGUGACUCGUCUGAGCCCCAUAUUAUGGUGGCUACCGCUAUUACUGAGCCAAUUGAUGUGGAGCCGCAUGCUAAUGUUACUGUUGAUGCCAUUGGUCUCAUCAAUGACAUUCCCGAUACUCUUACUCGAGCCUGUCCUCUGACCAACAUGUCGCCGCUGGAUAACUUCUUUAAGCGCUAUAUGCACGGUGAAGACGCUCAGAUUUUCGUCCGAGGACAGGAUUCAGACAAGUCUGAUAUCCCAGAGUGGAUUCGAUCCUUCCUCAGCAGUGUCACUGUCCCAAUUAGCUUUCCGGGACAGUCAUUUAACGAUGCCAUUCGAAACCUCUCGCUCACGGAUGUCGACUUCAAGCUUCCCAGCCCAUUUGCUGAUCCCAAUGAUCCGGACUCGAAAGCUCGUGUGUCUGGAACGGUUGAUAUUCUUGCCGAGCUUCCUUCUGAAUUGAACGUGGAUAUUGGCGUCAACAAUCUCCGAGCCAGUGGCGACCUUUUUUACAAAGGCGAGAAAUUUGGCGAACUGAACGUGGAUCAAUGGCAAAAGGCCAACUCGAGCAAGACUAUCGACCCCGAGGAUGAGAAAUCGCUGCUCCGAAUCACCUCUAGAAUCGCCAAUGUGCCCCUCGACAUUACCGAUGGCGACGUCUUCAGCGACGUCAUGGGCGAGCUCCUGCUCGGCGGCAAGGACAUCGUGCUUGAUGUUGAGGCUCGCGUCGACAUCAAGGUCUCAACUGUGCUUGGAGACCUCGUUCUCAGAGAUGUACCCGCAAAGGGCAAGAUUCCAGUAAAACAGCUUCCUGGUAAAUCGCUUACGAAAAUUGAACCACGCGUCUCCAAUUUGGUCAUUCUGAAUACAACGAAGCAUGCUGUUCACAUGCAAGCGUCGGUCAACAUAACGAACCCCACGCCUUAUACAGCCUCCAUUCCUUCUGCAAACGUCCACGUGUACCACGAGGGGCUUAUAAUCGGAGAAGUCAUCGUCAAUCAUCUAGACGUACAGCUGGGCAAUAACUCAAACUUGGUCGUCUUGGCCACUUGGGAUCCCGUAUCUCUGGGCAAGAACACGACACUUACAUUCAAAACUCACAAAGGUAGCAUCCCCGGGAUGCCUAUCAUUGGUGAUGCUCUCUCCAAGUUCAACAUCUCACUGCCAACGCCCCGGAUCAAGCUUCCUGGCGACAAGAGUGGCAAGCAUCAAGGCAAAAACUUUCAAAACGUUAUACACAUUGAGAAGAUAAACGCUACAGCAUAUUACAAUCAUACAGAACCUGUCGGCCACAUCCUCUACGAUGAGCCGUUCGACGCGCCUCCAGGGGUGACGGAGACUCCGCGACUCCCUGUCACCUGGUCGGCCGAUAGCAUCGGCUAUGACAAACUGAUUGACGCAAUGGACGGCUCAUUGAAGCUGGAUGCCAAGGCAGAGGCAACAUUGAGGAUAGGGAAUUGGAUAGAGACCGUUCAUUACGAAGGGCGAGGUAUUGGAGCUAGGGUCAGGAUAUAG